UGGACGUGACUCUGGACCCAGGGACCGCUCAGUCCGAACUCAUCCUGUCUGAGGAUCGGAAAUGUGUGAGACACGGAGACACCCGACAGGAUCUGCCCAAAACCCCGGAGAGAUUUGAUACUUGUGUCUCUGUCCUGGGCUCGGAGGGGAUCACGGGCGGGAGGCGCUACUGGGAGGUGGAGGUGGGAGACAAGACGGGCUGGACUCUGGGGGUGUGCAGGGAGUCUGUGCGCAGGAAGGGGUGGGUCACAUGGUCACCUGGCAAUGGAUACUGGGUCGUGUGUCUGUGGGAUGGGGGAUACGAGGCCUGGACCUCCCCGUUGACUCCCCUCCCCGUGCGCGUGCAGCCAAGGUGGGUGGGGGUUUUCCUGGACUACAAGGCGGGUGAGGUCUCAUUUUACAACAUGACUGACAGGUCCCAUCUCUUCACUUUCGCUGACACCUUCUCGGGGAAACUGCGCCCUUUCUUCAGUCCUGGUAUCAAUCCUGGGGGCACCAACGCGGCUCCCCUGACCCUGUGCCCGGUCCCAGCCCAGCCCUGAGGGAAUCCCUGUCCCUGCCUUGCCCUGCGGCACAGACUGUCCCCUCCUCGCACCCCGACUGCCAGCCCCCCGGCGCCCCCAGGGUGGGUGCAGGGC